UAACGGUACAUCAAUACUGAAAAAAUACAUCGAUAAAAUGGCAUUUAUUAUAAAGCCCAUGCAAAAUAAAUAAAUUAAAAGGAAUUUUUGCUUGGUUUUAUAGUCUUUUAUUUAGAUAAUUCAUUUUAAUUAUUUGUCUAACCAUUAACAACAUUAUUUAAUUUAUGCUUUGCUAUUGUGUUAGAUUGAUAGCCACAUGAAAUAACGGUACAUUACAGAAAAAGCCUUCUAAACAGUUUAAACCAGAUGUCAUAAAAGCCCUUCUCUAUUUGUUGAAAAAUAAAUAAAACAUUUAACUUUAGAAUGUAACUGGAUAGUCAUUUGACAUUAGAUCUUUUAAAAUUACUGGAAUUUAAUAACCGUAUGCACAGAUCUUUGGUUUAGACUAUAUAAAGAUCUACCAUCAUUCCAUUAAAAUACCACAGUAGUAAAAACUGUGGUGACAUGGUAUUUGCCACAAGUGUAAUUUAAAAAAGUUUAGUUAGUUUAGUAGUAAACUAAACUCACACAAGUUUAGUUUAAUUGUCAGAAACAAAAAGAUCUUAAAGUGUAUUGCAGUGUUUGAAGCAGAUAUGAUUGUACAGUAUAGUAGGAAGAAACUAUGGUUACCAUAACCUUUCCUUAUAUACAUUUCACAACCUCCUUUUUUAUUUACAUUAUGUGUGCCUAUGAACAGAGUUCUGUGAAAGAUAAAGAAUACGAGUGUGUGGAGCUUGGUGAUCUGGGCAUAAAAAAGCAGAUCCCACGGCGGAUUAUUCAUUUCUCCAGCGGCGAGACCAUGGAAGAAUACAGCACAGAUGAUGAGGAGGAAGACAAAAAAGAGAACACACAGAAAGGCCUUUUGUCUUCCACAGACACUUCCAAGCUCACUUGGGGUCCAUAUGUGUGGUUUCAGAUGUGGAGAGCAGCUACAUCCACUUUAUCUGCUUGUGACUACCUUGGUGAGCGGUUAGCAUCACUAUUAGGCAUCACCUCUGCAAAGUACCAGUAUGCUAUUGAUGAGUACAGCAGGUCUAAGGGGGAGGAGGAGGGAGAGGAAGAUACUUAUCUGUCUGAAGAAACAGAGCACCUGUUUGAAGAGCAGCAAAAUGAAGAAGAUCUGAAGACCAACCAGCCAGAGACCAAGAGCACUAAAACAAAUGUUGAGCUGACCAAUGAGUUGGACCAUCACACUUCCUUAGUACCCAACAGAGUUCACAUACCUGCUCUUGUUACAAGCACCUAAGUACAUGUUAUCUGUAUUUCAUUUGGAGUUUAAAGUUACCUAUCCUUUAAUGCACUUACUACAGUGAGUUAAACAGGCUUUUAAUACAUUUUGUAUGUGUAAAUUAACUUGUGGAUUCUGAUGCCUUAAUACACUGAUCAUGUAUCAGUGAAAUUAUUUAUACUGAUCAUGGUGCUAAUGUGGAGAUGAACAAAUUCUACAGCCAUAGAUCCAAAUGAAGUUUAGAAAUAUAGAAAUGCCACAACACUGAAUGGUUUACCUAAAACAUUUAUAUCGCAAUUGUGUUUUUAACUUUAUUCACUAUUUUGUAUUAUUAUAUUUAUUAAGAGCAUUUGAUGCAUAAACCUGUCAAUCUGCACCACCUGCCUAAAUCAGACUGUAAACGCAUAAUAUGUGAAUUUUAAUUGAAUGGAUUGUGAUACUACAAUACAUCAGUGUUUACCUGGAUGAA